CUCUCCUCUUGUCCACUUACCCAUAAUCACCACACGUCUUGCCUCUCUCAAUCUACCAUCUCAGAAAGACAUGAAAGCUAGUAUUCCAUUGGAUUGAUUGAUGCUCACUCAAAUCCAACGAGAACCCAUGAUUCUUAAUCAGAUUUCCCUUCGUGGCUCACUCUCAAAAUCCUUCCUGUCUCACUUCCCGCGCAAAUUCAACCCCACUCCCUCUCUAAAACCCUCCCAAAACCCCCGCAAGUGUUUUAGCUGGGAUUUAAGUAGACCAACUCUAGCUUGCUAUGCAUUCGAUGAAUUUCCCAACCAAGUAAAUGAAGAGAAUUUGAAAGGGAUUGCGUUUCUGCAGUUGAUGGAACACCGUGGGAUUUGCGCGAAUUGUCAAACAUAUAUAUGGCUUUUAGACCUUUGUUUGAAUUCUGGGUCUUUGGUAGAAUGCAAGAAACUUCAUGGGAAGAUUUUGAAGUUGGGAUUUGGCAAUGAAAGUGUUUUGUGUAACAAGCUUGUUGAUGUUUAUUUUGCGUUAGGUGAUUUGGAUGGUGUAGUCAAGGUUUUCGAGGAUAUGCCUAAUAGAAGUGUGCGAAGUUGGGAUAAGAUAAUUUCUGGUUUUAUGGAAAAGAAAAUGAGUAACAGAGUGCUGGAUCUAUUUUCGUGCAUGAUUGAGGAAAAUGUAAGUCCAACUGAAAUUUCUUUUGCCAGUGUUUUAAGGGCUUGUUCUGGUCAUAGAAUUGGUAUUCGCUACGCAGAGCAGAUUCAUGCUAGGAUUAUUUGUCAUGGUCUUCUUUGUAGUCCAAUUAUUUCUAAUCCUUUGAUUGGUUUGUAUGCCAAAAAUGGGCUUAUAAUAUCUGCCAGAAAGGUAUUUGAUAAUUUAUGCACGAAGGAUAGUGUUUCUUGGGUGGCUAUGAUCUCUGGUUUUUCACAGAAUGGAUAUGAAGAAGAGGCCAUUCACCUCUUUUGUGAAAUGCAUACAGCGGGAAUUUUUCCCACUCCCUAUGUUUUUUCGAGUGUUCUAAGUGGCUGCACAAAAAUAAAGUUAUUUGAUGUUGGGGAGCAACUUCAUGCCCUAGUUUUCAAGUAUGGAUCCUCUUUGGAAACUUAUGUCUGCAAUGCUCUUGUCACAUUGUAUUCCCGAAUGCCAAACUUUGUAUCUGCUGAAAAAGUUUUCAGCAAAAUGCAGUCUAAGGAUGAAGUUUCAUUUAACUCGCUGAUCUCUGGUCUAGCUCAGCAGGGAUUUAGUGAUGCUGCUUUGGAAUUGUUCACGAAAAUGAAACGGGAUUACUUGAAACCAGACUGUGUUACUGUUGCAAGUCUCUUGAGUGCCUGUGCAUCAAAUGGGGCCCUUUGUAAGGGAGAACAGCUUCAUUCAUAUGUGAUAAAAGCAGGGAUAUCUUCAGACAUGAUUGUUGAAGGUGCUUUGCUUGAUCUUUAUGUGAACUGCUCUGAUAUAAAAACAGCCCAUGAAAUGUUUCUCACAGCACAGACAGAAAAUGUGGUUUUGUGGAAUGUGAUGCUUGUGGCUUUUGGGAAGUUAGAUAAUUUAAGUGAGUCAUUUCGAAUAUUUAGACAAAUGCAGAUUAAAGGCCUGAUACCUAAUCAAUUCACCUACCCUAGUAUUUUGAGAACUUGCACCUCAGUGGGUGCUCUUGAUCUAGGAGAGCAGAUUCAUACUCAAGUCAUAAAGACUGGCUUUCAGUUUAAUGUGUAUGUUUGUAGCGUGCUCAUAGAUAUGUAUGCUAAGCAUGGAAAACUAGAUACUGCCCAUGUAAUUCUUAGAACACUUACCGAGGAUGAUGUUGUGUCAUGGACAGCUCUGAUCUCAGGGUAUGCACAGCACAAUUUGUUUGCUGAAGCUCUUAAACAUUUCAAAGAAAUGCUUAAGCGAGGGAUCCAAUCUGAUAACAUAGGUUUCUCUAGUGCAAUCAGUGCAUGUGCAGGUAUUCAAGCUCUAAAUCAAGGACGGCAAAUUCAUGCUCAAUCAUACGUUUCUGGUUAUUCAGAAGACCUUUCAAUUGGUAAUGCACUUGUUAGUCUUUAUGCCAGAUGUGGUAGGAUCAAAGAAGCCUACCUGGAAUUUGAGAAAAUAGAUGCCAAAGAUAGUAUAUCAUGGAAUGGAUUGAUCUCAGGUUUUGCACAGAGUGGAUACUGUGAGGACGCACUGAAGGUCUUUGCUCAAAUGAAUAGAGCUAAACUAGAAGCUAGUUUUUUCACAUUUGGCUCUGCUGUGAGUGCUGCUGCUAAUAUUGCAAACAUAAAACAAGGGAAGCAGAUCCAUGCGAUGAUUAUAAAAAGAGGGUUUGAUUCAGAUAUUGAAGUUUCCAAUGCUUUAAUCACAUUUUAUGCAAAGUGUGGUAGCAUUGAAGAUGCCAGGAGGGAGUUUUGUGAGAUGCCAGAGAAAAAUGAUGUUUCUUGGAAUGCCAUGAUCACGGGCUAUUCUCAACAUGGAUAUGGUAAUGAAGCAGUGAAUCUUUUUGAGAAGAUGAAACAGGUUGGUGAGAUGCCAAACCACGUCACUUUUGUGGGAGUUUUAUCAGCCUGUAGCCAUGUGGGGUUGGUUACUAAGGGUCUUGGCUACUUUGAGUCUAUGAGCAAAGAGCACGGCUUAGUGCCUAAGCCUGCACACUAUGCGUGUGUUGUGGAUCUGAUCAGCCGAGCAGGGUUUUUGAGUCGUGCAAGAAAGUUUAUCGAGGAGAUGCCAAUUGAACCAGAUGCAACGAUUUGGAGGACACUUUUGAGUGCUUGUACAGUUCAUAAGAAUGUGGAAGUUGGAGAGUUUGCUGCUCAGCAUCUUCUGGAAUUGGAACCUGAAGAUUCAGCGACUUAUGUUCUUUUGUCAAAUAUGUAUGCUGUGUCUGGGAAAUGGGAUUGCAGGGAUCAGACCAGGCAAAUGAUGAGAAACAGGGGUGUGAAGAAGGAGCCCGGUCGUAGCUGGAUAGAGGUUAAGAAUUCGGUUCACGCAUUCUAUGUUGGUGAUCGACUCCAUCCACUAGCAGAUAAAAUAUACGAGUUCUUGGCUGAACUAAAUAAAAAAGCAGCUGAAAUUGGUUAUUUUCAAGAUCGAUAUAGCCUUUUGAAUGAUGUAGAGCAGGAGCAGAAGGAUCCAACUGUUUACAUUCACAGUGAGAAACUGGCUAUUACGUUUGGACUCCUUAGUUUGUCUGACACUGUUCCAAUACAUGUAAUGAAGAACCUUCGUGUAUGUAAAGAUUGCCACUCAUGGAUUAAAUUUGUAUCAAAGAUUUCAAAUCGAGCAAUUAUAGUCCGAGAUGCAUACCGCUUUCAUCAUUUUGAAGGUGGUAUUUGUUCAUGUAAAGAUUAUUGGUAAUUGAGAACACUGUGAAGAUUAUUGGCGAGCAGCACGAACUAAUGGGAAUUCACAACAGCUGGUAACAUCACCUGUCAUGUUCUUGAAGUGGGGUGUGAGGUAAUGGCUUCAUCCUUCAUUUACCCACCUACCAAUCAAUAUUCUUAAAAAUUAUUUUUUGGAAACUUCACUUAAAGAUGAAAAUGGAGAUUUAUGAAAACAAUAUAGCUUCCAAAUAUAGAGGUCUUCUAUUUUGUUU